GCGGUAAAGGGUACCGGAAGUUUACAAACGUUGACGAAGUUGCUAAAAUUGUUAGCAUUUUUUGGCUCAUUUGUUUUACACAGCAAUUUCAAGGCCUCGGUCCAAAACGAACACAGAGGGAGGAUGGUCUGCGAAAAGUGUGAGAAGAAGCUCGGCAGGGUCAUCACCCCCGACACCUGGAAGGACGGAGCUCGGAAUACCACAGAGAGCGGUGGGCGCAAACUAAAUGAGAACAAGAUACUGACCUCCAAGAAGGCAAGGUUUGACCCCUACAGCAAGACUGGCUUCGCUACCUGCCGGAUCUGUAAGAGCUCGGUUCAUCAGUCAGGGUCGCACUACUGCCAGGGCUGUGCUUACAAGAAAGGAAUCUGUGCCAUGUGUGGGAAGAAGGUUUUGGACACUAAGAACUACAAGCAGACAUCUGUGUGACAGUGUCUGGACUGGAAGAAGGGUCCACAGAGAGAGGGAUAGAUGGAGGGAUGAAUGCUGGGAGGGAGGAAUAGGGAGGAGGAAGGGCACCUUGAGCAUCCCGUUAGAUUUCCACUUUACCCUCCUUCCUUCAGUGAUAGCCAGCUGUCACUCUUAACUGUUAUUCUUCCCAGACCUGAGUGUGUAGUGUGUGUGUGUGUGAGUGUUCGUGUUUGAGGUUUAUGUGGAGAUGAUGGCUUCUGCUUUAGCCUUUUUAUCACAGAGCUCCGCUGGAACUCCUAGUCUUACAGUGGCAUUACACAGGCAAGCACUGUUGUUUUCAUUUACACAACCCGUCGUUCCCCGUUUCUCAAGCCAAGGCUGUGCAUAAUUGUGCAUAAUUUAGAUCUAAUACCUGUACUUACACAGGACCCCACCCCCUACUCCUUUGUGUUUUUUUUUUUUUUUUUUUUUUAUGAUAUCCUGUAUGUAAUAUAUAAAGUGUAGUAUUUUUGGAGUUGAUUAAAGGAUUAAAUAUGCUGACAUUUAA